AUGGAAAUUGAAAUCUUAUGCACAAAGCUCAUUAAGCCAUUUUUACCUACUCCUCCUCACCUUCAGCAUUACAACCUCUCUUUCUUCGACCAAAUAUCUGAGAAAGAACACGUCCCGAUUGUUCUUUUCUAUGCUAAUAAUAAUUUCAUCAACAACUCCACUAUCGAUGAGCAAAUUGAACAAUCUAUUUCAAAGAUAUUAACUCAUGUUUAUCCAGCAGCAGGAAGGUACGAUAAAGAUGAAUGUUCGAUUCUUUGUCUUGAUCAAGGUGUUUCCUACACUAAGGCCAAGGUCAAUUGUAAGCUUGAUAAUUUCCUAGAGAAAACACGCAAGGACCUUGGUCUUGCGGGUUUAUUUUGGCCACAUGAAAAUAAGAAUGUAGAUGAAACUAAUCUGAUGGUUUCACCUAUUGCCAUUGCACAAGUAACCGAGUUUGAAUGUGGUGGCCUAGCAGUCUCAUUAAGUGGUUCACACCCUGCAAUGGAUGGUUUCUCAGAUUUUAAAUUUGCUUUUGAGUGCGCAAAAGUGUGUAAAAUGGAAACUCCUGUUGAAAAAAUUAAUUUUCUAAGCUUCAAUUUGGAUAAUAUUUUCCCAACAAGAGAUAUAUCGAGACUUUUCAAGUUAACCUACACUCCAAUUAUACACCAAGAUAUUAUUGUUAAGAAAUUUGUUGUUUGUGAGGCUGCUAUGCCAAGGCUUAGAAAAAAAUGCAUUGAUGAAUCAUGUGGAGCUUUGACUUUUUAG